AUAAUAAUAAUGCUCUGUUUAUGCCAGUGAGGGCUGAGGAGGUUGGCUGGUAGUGGGGAGGAAUCUUUAAUUAUUCUGACUCCUCACUGGGCAGGGCUGCAGUGUUUGCCCUGCGGUCAGAGCUCAAGGGAAGAAGCAUCAGAUCUGAAUAUUUUGUUCUGACAUUGUCUCCUUGCUGGGAUGGUGGGGGGCUUGAGAGGCUCCUAGUUUUCCACUCUCCUCCCCACUUCCCUACCUACUUCUCCAUGGAGGGCACUCUGGAGUGGGACAAAGGAGACUAAGAAGAUCCAGGACAAACAGGAGCAUGCUACCUGCAGAGAGAGUGAGCAGUAGCAGUCAAAAGGCAGGAACCCAGGAGAAAGAAUCUGGAAAGGAGCAGACAAAACCCCCAAAGAGAUCACUUGACUUAUGUGCAGUUUGGGAAAGUGGAGUUUUCCAUCCCUCUGCUGGCCAGGACAGUGCCUCCAAUACUGUUUUGAAAAGGCGGGUGAACGAAACAGAGAAGCUGAGCUCUCUGCAGGCAGUCCACCUUGAGCGGCAUCAGGAGACGGUGAGGCCCAGAGGAAAGGGGAGCUGGGAUCGGGGCCCAGCACCCAGGAUGGCUGUGUGGCCACUUCUCUGGAUCCAUGCGACUUUCAUCCUCUGGCUCGUCAGCCUUGUUGGGGCCAUUGAGGUUCCUCUGGAUCCAAACAUUCAAAAUGAGCUAUCUCAACCCCCAACCAUCACCAAGCAGUCAGUGAAAAAUUAUAUCGUGGAUCCUCGGGAUAACAUCAUCAUUGAGUGUGAAGCCAAGGGGAACCCUGCCCCCAGUUUCCAGUGGACACGAAAUAGCCGGUUCUUCAACGUGGCCAAGGACCCCCGGGUGUCAAUGUUCCGCCGGUCCGGGACACUGGUGAUUGACUUCCGGAGUGGUGGGCGACCUGAAGAGUAUGAGGGAGAAUACCAGUGCUUUGCCCGAAACAAAUUUGGGACAGCCCUAUCUAACAGGAUCUUCCUGCAGGUGUCAAAGUCACCCCUGUGGCCCAAGGAAAACCUGGAUCCUGUAGUGGUUCAAGAGGGAGCCCCCCUGACUCUCCAGUGUAACCCCCCUCCAGGGCUGCCAUCUCCUGUCAUCUUCUGGAUGAGCAGCUCUAUGGAGCCUAUUAACCAGGACAAGCGUGUCUCCCAAGGCCAGAAUGGGGAUCUGUACUUCUCCAAUGUUAUGCUCCAGGAUGCCAAGACUGACUACAGCUGUAAUGCCCGCUUCCAUUUUACCCACACCAUCCAGCAGAAAAACCCAUUCACGCUCAAGGUCCUCACCACCCGAGGAGUUGCAGAAAGGACGCCCAGUUUCAUGUAUCCCCUGGGCACGUCAAGCAGCCAGAUGGUGCUGAGGGGCAUGGACUUGCUCCUGGAGUGUAUCGCCUCAGGGGUACCAGCACCAGACAUCGCAUGGUACAAGAAAGGUGGGGACCUCCCAGCUGGCAAGGUCAAAUUUGAAAACUUUAAUAAGGCCCUGCGCAUCACCAAUGUCUCAGAGGAGGACUCUGGGGAAUAUUUCUGUCUGGCCUCCAACAAGAUGGGCAGCAUCCGGCACACGAUCUCGGUGAGAGUAAAGGCCGCUCCUUAUUGGCUAGAUGAACCUAAGAACCUUAUCCUGGCCCCGGGUGAAGAUGGGAGGCUGGUGUGUCGGGCCAAUGGGAACCCCAAGCCCACCGUCCAAUGGCUGGUGAAUGGGGAUCCUUUAGAAGCGGCGCCUCCCAACCCAAGCCGUGAGGUAGCUGGAGACACCAUCAUCUUCCGAGACACUCAGAUUGGCAGCAGUGCAGUGUAUCAAUGUAAUGCAUCCAAUGAUCACGGUUACCUUUUAGCCAAUGCCUUUGUCAGUGUUCUGGAUGUGCCCCCUCGGAUGUUGUCCCCUCGGAACCAGCUCAUCAAGGUGAUCCAUUACAACCGGACUCGGCUGGACUGUCCUUUCUUUGGGUCCCCAAUCCCCACCCUCCGAUGGUUUAAGAACGGGCAGGGGAGCAACCUGGAUGGUGGCAACUACCAAGUCCACGAGAAUGGCAGCUUGGAAAUGACUAUGGCCAGAAAGGAAGACCAAGGCAUCUAUACCUGCGUGGCCACCAACAUCCUGGGCAAAGCAGAGAACCAAGUCCGCCUGGAGGUCAAAGACCCCACCCGGAUAAUUCGGGUGCCUGAGGACCAGGUGGUCAAGAGAGGUUCAAACGUCGUGUUGGAGUGUCGAGUGAAGCAUGACCCCACCCUGAAGCUUACAGUCAACUGGCUGAAGGAUGAUGAGCCGCUCUACAUUGGAAACAGGAUGAAGAAGGAAGAGGACACCCUUACCAUCUUUGGUGUGACUGACCGGGACCAAGGCAGCUAUACCUGUAUGGCCAGCACCGAGCUUGACCGAGACAUAGCCAAGGCCUAUCUCACCGUGCUAGCUGCUCAGGCUGUUCCAACUAACCGUAUGGCUCCCCUGCCCAAAGAGCGACCAGAUCCUCCUCGAGACCUAGAACUGACUGACCUGGAGGAGAGGAGUGUGAGACUGACCUGGAUCCCGGGGGAUGACAACAACAGCCCCAUCACAGAGUACAUCGUACAGUUUGAAGAGGACCAGUUCCAGCCUGGUGUGUGGCACAGCCAUUCGAAACACCCAGGCAGCGUCAAUUCAGCAGUCCUUCAGUUGUCCCCAUAUGUCAACUACCAGUUCCGGGUCAUCGCAGUCAAUGAUGUUGGAAGCAGUCAUCCCAGCCUCCCAUCUGAGCGCUACAGGACCAGCGGUGCACCCCCAGAGUCCAAUCCGGGUGAUGUAAAGGGAGCUGGGUCCAGAAAGAACAACAUGGAAAUCACGUGGACGCCCAUGAAUGCCACAUCUGCAUUCGGACCCAACCUCCGCUACAUUGUGAAAUGGCGGCGGCGGGAAGGAAGGGAGAGCUGGAACAAUGCCACGGUGUGGGGUUCCCGUUACACAGUGGUGCAGACCCCUGUCUACGUGCCUUAUGAGAUCCGAGUGCAGGCAGAGAAUGAUUUUGGGAAGGGACCGGAGCCAGACACUGUCAUUGGCUACUCUGGGGAAGAUUAUCCCAGGGCUGCACCUACUGAUGUAAAAGUUCGGGUCCUGAACAGCACGGCCAUCAGCCUUCAGUGGAACCGAGUCUACCCGGACACGGUCCAGGGUCAGCUUAGAGAGUAUCGAGCUUAUUUCUGGAGGGAGAGCAGCUUGCUGAAGGGCCUGUGGGUGUCUCAAAAGAGACAAUUUGCCAGUUUCUCCAGCGACCGAGCCCGGGGCGUGGUGUCAAGCCUGUUUCCCUACAGCAACUACAAACUGGAGAUGGUUGUGGUCAAUGGGAGAGGCGAUGGGCCUCGCAGUGAAGUCAAGGAGUUCACCACCCCAGAAGGAGUACCCAGUGCCCCCAGACGUUUCCGAGUCCGGCAGCCCAACCUGGAGACAAUCAACCUGGAAUGGGAUCACCCAGAACACCCCAACGGGAUCCUGACAGGAUACAAUCUUAAAUACCUUGCCUUUAAUGGAACCAAGACAGGAAAGGCUGUGAUUGAGACCUUCUCUCCCAAUCAGACUAAGUUCUCAAUACAAAGAGCAGAUCCCGUGUCCCGAUACCGCUUCUCCCUCAGUGCCAGGACCCAAGUGGGUUCUGGGGAAGUGGUCACAGAGGAGUCGCCAGCUCCACCAAAUGAAGCUACUCCAACCCCAGCUCCCACCAUGUUGCCUCCAACUACAGUCAGUGCGACAAGUGCCGUGAUCGGUACUGAGGUUACUGCCGUAGCUACCACCGUCGCUGCCACAACUGUCCCCACUGCUGCACCUACCACUACUACCACCACUGCUGCCACCACCACCACCACCACCACCACCGUCGCUACAACUGCUUCUACUACCACUACUGCUGCCACCACUACCACGGAGAGUCCUCCAACCGCCGUGACUAAGAUACAGGACACUGCCCCCUAUGGACAGUCCAUAUGGAACUUCACGGUGAAGGCCAACAGUAAAUCGGCCAACCUCACAUGGGACCACAAUCUCGAGCCAGGAACUGACUUUGUGAUUGAAUAUUCCUACAGCAACCAUUCAACAAAAAUUCACUCUGUUAAGGCCCAGUCUUUCUCGGUGACCGACCUCAAUCCCGGGAUUUUCUACUCGUUCCGGGUUUAUUCCCAAAACAGGCCCGCUAUCACGAGUUCCCUCGUCACUGUUCAGACCGCUACUGAUUCAGCAUUCACCAAGAACCAGGUGGACAUCGCCACCCAGGGAUGGUUCAUCGGCCUCAUGUGUGCGAUUGCUUUGCUGGUGCUGAUCCUGCUCAUCGUUUGCUUCAUCAAAAGAAGUAGAGGAGGGAAAUACCCAGUUCGAGAAAAGAAAGAUGUUCCCCUUGACCCUGAAGACCAGAAGGAAGAGGAUGGUUCUUUUGAUUACAGUGAUGAGGAUAACAAGCCCCUACAAGGAAGCCAGACAUCCUUGGAUGGCACCAUCAAGCAGCAAGAGAGCGACGACAGCCUGGUGGACUAUGGCGAGGGGGGAGAAGGACAGUUUAAUGAGGAUGGAUCUUUCAUUGGCCAAUACACAGUCAAAAAGGACAAGGAAGAGACAGAAGGGAAUGAAAGCUCAGAGGCCACAUCGCCUGUCAAUGCCAUCUACUCCCUGGCAUAGCUCGGCCCAUAUAGACACAGCCACUCUAGUCAAGGGGGGGGAGGGGAAGCGGGAGGAAAAAAACCCACUGCAGACUGACUACUAAACCACCACCACCCAAAGGGAUGAGGGACAGCAUGGCAAUCAGAGACGCCAGUGUCAGGGGAUCAGCUGAGCCGAGUGGACCUGUGACAGCCCAGCCAACAGCAAAGCCUCUCCCCCUUCCUCUCCCCUCCCUCCCCCUACCCCACCCCCCGGGUGCCAACAGGGUGAUCACAGAGCUGGAGACCAGACUUGAGCUGAGCCAGAAGGGAACAGGUUCCUGGGGUUCAGUCAAAUAACCAACGUGAGCUUUCAGAACCCAACCGUCCCUGUCCCCUCCACCUUACCCCCAAUAUGCACACAAGUUAUUUGGCAACAUUUCACCUAUGGUACCUCUCUCCUUCAUACCCUACCCCAUACCAUCCCCUUAGUUCUCUUCCAAAAAAGGUUUCCACUUUUGUUUUUCUUUUGGAGGUCAAUCCCUGGAAGAGAAUGGAGGGAUGACCCCUCCCCAGAGAGCAGAAAGAGACUGGCAAAAGGAUCAAUCGGCAACAGGACAGAGAAUCUCUAGUAUUCAGACACUUCUGAGCCCCUUCAUUUCCAAAGGAUGCCUUUCUGGCCAUAUGUGCGCCUCCCCCUGCCCCCUCCUCUUCAGCCUUUGUCCACACCAACCUGGGCCCGCCUUCUUUCUGCAAAACAACAGUAUUUUUGGACAGAGGGAGGGUGAGGAGGGUCUCGAGCCUCUCUCUGGCUCGUGUUGGGAGCUGGGUACACAUCUUGCGACCACUCCCUUAUGAGGUGGGGCUAUACUUCCCCACCCACCUCGAAAUCACGUGGAGUUCCUUUUAUCCUGAAGAAGAGGUCUUGGACUGCAGGAAAAAGAAGGUGGUGCUUGAAUGGAAGGCCUUUGACUGCUGUGACCAGGUCUAGCUAGAUGUAAAGCCUAGGUCUGGGUACCUGAGGAAGGUAGGAGUGUUUGGGCCUCAAAAAGGAACAGAAGGAAGCAGGCUUUGGGUUUUGGCUUUCCUCCUCUCCCCCUAGUAAAGCUCCAGAUUUGACAGAAGAGUAGAAGGAGAACAACCAAGAUACUGAAGUUGCCCCCUGACCUGGAAGUAGAUGAGAAAGAGUCCAGCACGGCUACCCCGGAGGAGACUGCACCUUGUCCCAGCAGAAUAACAUCCAUAAGCUUGGCCAGUUGGAGACGUGUGAGACGGCUUUCCCUUGUUCCUCUCCAAUGUGCUGGAUAUCAUCUCCAUGCUCCCUGUUCAGGAGGGUAUCAUGACUCACAUGUUACAUGUCAUGCGGAUGGUGGUCGCUGGUGGGUUACUGAAAGGCCUCAGCCAACAAGUCUGUUCCCCCCUGAGACAGAACUGGUGUUAUCCUUCUGUUGGGGUAUUUACAUAUCAGAAGAACCUAAGGUAACAAUACUAACAGCACUCUACCACCUCUGCCCAGAUAGGAAUCCCUCUCAUUGCGAUGUUCUUCCUAUGCCUUACCCAGCUCCCGGCUAUCCUCGGAGGUCCGGGGUUCCCGGUCCCUCGCUGCAAGCCCCCAUGCCCCUGAGGCAUCAGACUCAUGGAGAAUCCGGCCACCUAUGCAAUGCUUCAUAGCAGAAGAAGAAAUGACCACUCAGUGCCCGCCCUGGACCAAUGGUGAGUGGAGUCAUUUUCCCACCAGCAGUACUGAGUGACGGUGCUGCCUUUGUGGUCCCCACCGAGCGCAUUUUUUAAAAACCAAAGUUCCCUAGCCUGUGUGCGUGAUACAGCGAGAGGGUGCGCAGUCCUGCAGACCUGUUCUGUAGCUGUAGCUUAUCUCCAGAGGAUGUUGAUAUUUCACCUGUCAUGGAUCAAGUAGUAGCCACUGGUUGGUGAAAGAACCUCAAUGGUGACAAGGCUAAACCUUCCAGAUACAUUGUUUCUCAGUGACAUUUGCCACAUCUCCAAGCCCCAAAGGUAUUAACAACAAAAUUACUUUGUGUGAUGUAAAAAUAAUUCAGAUGAAGCUUAAACUGUCCUGUGCCAACAGGGCAGGUAGGGAAACAUAGCAGAGAGCUAGGCUGGGUGCAUUAUUCAAACCUGAGAGCGAUCAGAUGCCCCAUGGACUGGACUGCUAUAGCACGAGACCUAUUUUCAUAGGAAGACGCUCUCUGGUGUUGAAAUGGGGCAGGGCAAAAGGCUGGGGGAAGCAAAUUCAGGGCCUCCUUUGCUCCUACAUAGAGGUAACAGGCCAUUCUGUUGGAAGCAUGGGGCACCCCAAAGGGAAGGAUGUCUUCCUCCAGAGGAAAGUAUCCCCAUGGGACUAUUUAAGAACCUUUCUAGCAAGGACCUUGAGGGAAGAAAAGACCAAAGUCUCCUUUGGUCCCCUGUUCUAGUGUUCCAACAGCCUUGAUUUCCCCGACUGCCGAGGUAAUAAAGGUGCUGUCCCACUUCAAAUUGUUUGUGAGAUGCCUAUUCGAGGUUGGAGACUCAGCCUGCUGCUGGGGGAGCAAGUGUUCUCUCUCCACCCAGCUGACUGACCCAUGCUUCAUGUGCUUCAUCAAAUCCAUACAGCACAUGGGCUCACCAGGGGCAGGGCAGGGCACCCGCAGUGUGGGCAGCUGCCUCUGGGAAGCAGAGCAUCAGGGAUCACCAGGUCAGGUACAACCCCAUGCUGGCAUCAGCCCCAGUUCAGCAGGCAAAUAGUAUUGGCCAGCGUUCACUGCUGGGUUGGGUCUCUCAAGCAACCAUCAGAAGACGUAACUACAGCAGGUGCCAGGAGUUUAGAAGAAAACACAACAACAACAAUAACCACAACAAUUUAAAACAAAUAAAACUAAAACCAGGUGCUUCAGCCAGCCAGUCUGGCUGGGAUUGGGGGUGGGGGUGGGUGUGGGAAUGUUGGUUACCUUGCCAGGGCUUCAGCAGUAUCAACAUCAGGCUCACUGUUGGGGAGGAAAGCCAAAUUUGACGACCCAGGUCUUGUUCCCUCCCCUCCCAAAUUGGCUGUGCUGCAGUCCCAUCACAAGGCUGUUUAUCCUCACCUCUAGACCACAAGGGCUGUGACUUCCUCUGUCUUUGAACAAAGUGGGUAUUGAAUUGUUGACCACAGUGCAUCGUGUGGAAGCUUAAUAGCUCUUUGGCUCCAAGCCCUAGGGAAGAGCCCAGAGAGGACAUGCAGAACUCCUUGUUAAAACAAGACUGAAGGUGAUCAGGAGAGUGGGUGUAAGGGAACCCCUGGGUUCCCUUCCUAGAGGAAAUGCCUGGCCACCUUGAUCAAGUUAAUAGAACUCCUUGUGCCUCAUCCCUCUCCCCAAGAGAUUUUAGAGGUAACCCAUGGAUACUGUAGUGGCAAGAGGUGCUGAUCUGUUCCUUCUCUGGGUCUCCCAGCCUUACCAUGGAAAGCUUUGUGGUUUUUUGGCUAGAGUAUGUGUGAGAGGGGGAGAAGAGAAAGAGGAAUCUGCUGUCUUGUCUUGUGUUUUAAUUGAGGUCAAGCUGAAAGGAGAACCCGGCUUAACUCAUCCCAGGCCUUUGCCCAUCCCAACUGAGUAUCCAAUCUCUUGAGAUAAGGCUAUUAGGCCUUUACAUUCUGAUGGCCUGGGGUAUCUGUCAUCCAGUCCACAUGGAGAACCACAGGACUCAAGGAGAAGUAGAUCCAUCCAUAUUGUAUGAAUUGACCCUCAUGGAUCAGAAUCCUUUGCCAAUACCCAGAUCUUUGGGGGAUGAGGGGUACAUCUUUGCCAGAGACCUGGAUUUUGGAUUGGCAUCCAGGUUUCCCUUGGGCCCCGCCCCAGCCCACACUUUAGCCAAUAUUAAGUCCCUUUUUCUUCCCAAAACACAGAUACAUAGAAAACCCAAUAAAGUCAUUUAGCACUCAGAAGGGAGCUUGGAGAUCAUCUAAUGUGAUAUCCUCAUUUUCCAGAUGAGCAGACUGAGACCCAGAGAAAUGGCUUGCCUAAAUUCUCACAGUGUCUAAUCCCACUGCUCCUAUGUGUCUAAUCCAGGGUUUCAGUGACCCUGUUAUCCUGACUCCAAUUCCAGAGCUUUCCUCCGCCCCCCCCCACCGGUCCCUAACACAAACCUUUUAAAAAUACCUAUACUGGGUGCAGAGCACUCUGCCAGGUGCUGGAGGAGGUAGGGGAGUUUGCAUAAGACCUAGGCCCUACCUUCUACGAAGCCCAGUUUAGGGGAAGUGUGCCUUUGAGAGAAGUAAGGGAUCCUGGCAAGACUCUCCAAGUCAGGAUACAGCUGUAAUGUGUGGGAUGAAUGACUCCAAGAACUUGAAAUGUCAGGAGGAAGGACACACAGAACUCACCUCCAGGAAGCCUCAGGAGCCCUCGCCUCGCUCAAACCAAGGCAUUCAGAAGGGGCCAGUUGUCACCAGACUCAACAGUGGCCCACAUAUAAACCAUUUGGCAAGGCCCAUGGACUAAUGUGUUCUCUUCUGUUUAAGAGCAGUGUUCACUGAGAUAGGUUCAGGCAGUGGAGAGGUCCCAGGGGCCCCAGCCAUACCCUAGGACCUGUGCCCUGCUUACAUCACAUCAGUAUUAUGUGGAUAUUCCAUCAAGGAUGGACCUGGAUAAAGGUUGCCAGCUUCACCUGAUUUGAAGAAGCCCUUUAUUCCAGUUGGACCCUGAUGGCCAGACAUUUCCUACCUAAAUGGACUUUCCCCUCCGAAGGAUGGAUUGCAGAUAGGAAUCUUCUGAUUCUAGAAAUUUUAUUUCAUUCUCUCACAACUCAUGGCUAACCCAACUUUGCAUUUGGGACCCUCCCUGGACAACAGAAUAGAAUGAAUAAGUAAAAUGGCUUAAAGAGGAAAAAAUGAACUGGUCAUUUGGCUGCGGAGGGCACACCAUGGACUUCAUCCACCAUGUUGGGGUUCAUUCUAAGGUGACAUCUUUUGUUCUGUUACAUAUCCAGCCCUCCUUAUACAUUACGCUCCAAGGGUAGGCCUCCAGUCAUUCUGUGCUUGUGCCAGCAGGGAGCUGAGGGGCAGUGGGAUGCUCUGCACUGGGCCACUCCAGCCAGUCAGCACAAGACAAAAAGACUUCAGUUAAGCAAUAAACACAAAAAUCUGGGAAAAGACAUUCAGAGUUUUGUGUGUUAUCAACCCUUUUCUUUUCACACACACACACACACACACACACACACACACACACACACAUACGCAAAUGGAUGAACCUGUCCCUGUGUCUUUUUCUGCUCCCAGAAAGAGAUUUCCUCAGUCAGUGUUGUCCCUCUGCCUGGCCACCUUCUUUGCCAACUUCUCCAUGAGCUCCUCUUGUUUGGAAUACCAGUCACCUAUCACAGGGCCUGUUAUAUUCUUCACGGGUCCCUGCAGCCCUUGCUGCUCACUCCUUCUGCCUAUGGUGUCUCUUCUCCUUUGUCCUUUUCCUCUCUGCCUCCCCAUUGAAGCCUACUGGGCUUCUCUUUCUCCCCACCUCUUUGCACUGCAAAUUCUCAUUGGUUCUCUGCUGGGGAAGAAGUUUUCCCCAGUAGUAUCCUUCAGCCUCCCACUCCCUCCCAUCUGUCUGGUCUUUUUUUCAUUCAUUAAAUAUUUAACCUUCCAUGGCAGACCUCAUUUUAACGCCUCUCACAUACACAUUUUUCCCCUUUUUUCUGAGUUAUUUUGCAUUAACCAACUUUGUCAGCAGUAGAUGAGUAUCAGAGGCUGUCACGAGUGACCUACAGCAGGGAAGAUUUCUGGGCCAUGGAGAACCGUUUAAUUCAUGGACUUAUAAACUGACUGCAUGAGCAAUGAAAAGGCCAAAUUAUUCAGAUUUUUUUUGGAAUCACUGUAAAAAAAAACCCAAUUGAUUUUUUUUGUAUAGAGAACACUAAACGUAUAAUAAAAAUUGUUCAAAACAGA